AUGAGGAAGAGAAAGGCAAAAUCUACUAGCCAUGAAGAAGAACCAAUCAAUUAUGAAUCCAUUUCUUGGGACAAAGUACUGGAGGAGGCUGUCACACUUACUGGUGAAUUGAGACCUCGAAAAAGAUACGUAGGCGUCCGGCAACGGCCUUCGGGACGAUGGGUGGCGGAGAUAAAAGACACCAUACAAAAGAUUAGGGUUUGGUUAGGCACUUAUGAUACUGCUGAAGAAGCUGCAAGAGCUUAUGAUGAAGCUGCUUGCUUGCUUCGUGGAGCUAACACUCGAACAAACUUCUUUCCUUUCUCGAAUUCUUUAAAACCUGCCCUUCCUUCCAAAAUAUCUAAUCUUUUGUUGCAAAGGCUGAAAGCAAGAAACAACCAAGAUUCAAGGAAAGCAAAAGAAAUCCAUUUUGAUAAUUUCUUGAAUUGCACUGCUACUAGUUCUUUAAGUACUACUAGUGAUCAUUUUGAUACAAAUUCGGAUGAUAAAUACUUUUUGGAACAUCCGAAAUUUUUGAAAGGAAAAGAGCUGUCAGAAGUUGAUCAUACCCCGACUUCCUGUUUUACUAGACAGACACUCGACUGCUGGGCUGAUGGUCCAUUGGGGAAUUUGAAUGAGAGUUUGAAUAAUGCAUCAAUUAGCACUUAUUAUUCUCCAUUUGAUAUAGCAGAGGAAAUGAUGGCCCCCAUAGUAGAGGAGGAUAAGAACUACAACUAUAAUAAUGGUGAUAAUGAGCAGUCAUUAAUGGUGAAAGAGAUAAUGAAUAGACUAAAUUAUGAACGUAGGUUCUCAGCUUCUCUUUAUGCUUAUAAUGGAGUACAUGAGCGUUUGAAGCUUGGGUAUGAAGGAAUGGAAAAGAGUAGUAAUGGCAGUCGUAGUAUUAAAAUUGAAUCAUGUGAUGAUAAAAUGUCGGAGUCUAAUAAUAGUCUUAGGCUAAUUGACAUUAAUGAUAAUGGAGAGAUAAUCAAGAAAAAGAAGGAGGAGGAGAAAGUGCAAGAUCAAGAAAUAGCGGGGUCGUCUUCUUCUUCUUCUUCUUCUUACAGCAAAGAAGGUGGUGGCGAUGGUGAAUUGUGUUUUUGGAGCUCUAUUGAUCUCCCAUUUUUAUCUUCUUCAUUAAUUAUUUAG